CCUUCCUUCCUUCCUUCCUUUUUCCCUCCUUCUCGGGAGGAUGGCUGAGAAGCUGGCCCCUCCGCCACCGCCCCUUCCUCUUCCCCUUCCUCCUCCUCCUCCUCCGGGGGCUCUCUUGGGCUCUCCUUCGGGGCCUCCUUUCGGGGCCCUUUCCUCCUCGGGCCCUUCUUCCUCGCUGGAGCUGGAGCGCCUGGCGCCGCCGGUCGAGGCGGAGUCUUCGGACAGCGAAGGGGAGCCCGAGGGCGGCUGCUCUUCUUCUUCCUCCCACAAACUCAUCCGGAAGGUCUCCACUUCGGGACAGAUGCGCACCAAGAAAAGUGUGAAGGAAGGACUCCUAUUGAAGCAGACCAGCUCCUUCCAGAGGUGGAAGAGGAGGUACUUUAAGCUCCGAGGACGGACCCUAUACUAUGCCAAGGACUCCAAGUCCCUGAUCUUCGAUGAGGUGGACCUGUCCGAUGCCAGCGUGGCAGAAACCAGCACCAAGAACAUCAAUAACAGCUUUACGGUGAUCACACCUUUCCGGAAACUCAUCCUGUGCGCAGAGAACCGGAAGGAGAUGGAAGACUGGAUCGGGGCCCUGAAGUCUGUCCAGAAAUGGGAAAUCAAUGAGGCCUCCCAGUUCAACAUGGAGCACUUUUCCGGGAUGCACAACUGGUACGCCUGCUCCCACGCCCGCCCUACUUUUUGCAACGUCUGCCGCGAAGCGCUUUCCGGCGUCACGUCCCACGGACUCUCCUGCGAAGUUUGCAAAUUCAAAGCUCACAAGCGCUGUGCUGUGAGAGCCACCAACAACUGCAAAUGGACCACACUGGCCUCCAUAGGAAAUGAUAUCAUUGAGGAUGAAGAUGGGGUGGCCAUGCCUCAUCAAUGGCUGGAGGGGAAUCUGCCGGUCAGCGCCCGCUGCGCUGUGUGCGACAAAACCUGUGGGAGCGUUCGGAGGCUGCAGGACUGGCGGUGCCUCUGGUGCAAGGCGAUUGUCCACAGCGCCUGCAAGGAGCAACUGGGGAAGAAGUGUCCCUUGGGGCAGUACAAGGUUUCCAUCAUCCCCCCCACUGCCCUCAACAGCAUCGAUUCAGAUGGGUUUUGGAAGGCCACCUGUCCCUCCUCCUGCUCCAGCCCACUGCUGGCCUUUGUCAACUCUAAGAGCGGAGACAACCAGGGGGUCAAAUUCCUCCGCAAGUUCAAGCAGUUCCUGAACCCGGCUCAAGUCUUUGACCUGAUGAAUGGGGGGCCGCACCUGGGGCUGCGUCUCUUUCAAAAGUUCUCCACUUUCCGGAUCUUGGUCUGCGGAGGCGAUGGCAGCGUUGGAUGGGUGCUUUCCGAAAUUGAUUCCCUGGGGCUCCACAAGCAGUGCCAGCUUGGAGUCCUGCCUCUGGGGACAGGGAACGACUUGGCCCGGGUGCUGGGAUGGGGAAGCUUGUGCGACGAUGACACUCAGUUGCUGCAGGUCCUGGAGAAGCUGGAGAGAGCCACCACUAAGAUGCUGGACCGGUGGAGCGUCCUCACCUAUGAAGACCCCAAGCAAUCUCCGCCAGCCAUCAAAGAAGAGGAGAGCGAGGACUCCAACAUACAGGCUCACAUUUCCCACUACGCCGAUUCGGUGGCCCUCCAUUUGGCCAAGAUCCUGGAGUCGGACAAACACUCGGUGGUGAUUUCCUCUGCAAAGUUCCUCUGUGGGACGGUCAAUGACUUUGUGACUGACGUUGGCAAAGCGUAUGAACGGACGGCUGACAACAAGCAGGAGGCCGACACUAUGGCAAGGAAGUGCGCCAUGCUCAAUGAGAAACUGGACUCACUGGUCCGCGAGCUGAAUGAAGAAUCCCAGGCCAUUGUGGUCCCAGAAGGCACCACUUCCCCCACCGCCCUUCCCAGCCCCGAUGCCACAGAAGAGGCCAAGGAGGGCUCCUUCCAUCCCAGCCCAGUGCCCAGGAUCUUCAAGUCCAAGGAGCAGCUCAUGCUAAGAGCCAACAGCUUGAAGAAGGCGCUGCGGCAGAUCAUAGAGCAGGCAGAGAAAGCUGUGGAUGAGCAGAACAAGCAGACGCAAGCCUAUCGGAGCAUCUCCACAGCCGGCAAGAAGGACAGCAAUGAGGAUUUCAACAAGGAGACGGAGAAGCUUAAGUCCCGCCGUGACACGGUCAUCUCCACCACGUCCUCCAUCAUCCUGGACCGUCCAGAGAGUUUCAGCGCUGUCCACUUUGCAGAGGACCCCAGCGUCAUACAAUUCUCCGAAAGAUGCGUCAUGAAUAAUUAUUUUGGCAUCGGCCUGGAUGCGAAGAUCUCUCUGGAGUUCAACAACAAGAGGGAUGAGCAUCCAAAGAAAUGCAGCAGCCGCACAAAGAACAUGAUGUGGUACGGAGUCCUGGGGACAAAGGAGCUUCUCCAGAGGACCUACAAGAACCUGGAGCAACGGGUCCAGCUGGAGUGCGAUGGGGUGCCCAUUUCCUUGCCCAGCCUGCAGGGCAUUGCUGUGCUGAACAUCCCCAGCUAUGCAGGAGGCAUCAACUUCUGGGGAGGCACAAAGGAGGACAGCAAUUUUGGGGCACCCUCCUUCGACGACAAGAAGCUGGAAGUGGUGGCCGUCUUUGGCAGCAUCCAGAUGGCAGUCUCGCGGGUCAUCAACCUGCAGCAUCACCGUAUCGCCCAGUGCCGGAUGGUGAAGAUCACAAUUCGGGGCGACGAGGGGGUCCCUGUGCAAGUCGAUGGGGAAGCCUGGAUCCAGCCCCCCGGCAUGAUCAAAAUCCAGCACAAGAACCGGGCACAGAUGCUGACCAGAGACAGGGCCUUUGAAAGCACCCUGAAAUCUUGGGAGGACAAGCAGAAGGGGGACGGGUACCGGUCCUCCUCCCGGCCCCGGCUCAGCUCCCAGCAGUCCAUGGAGUACCUGACAGACGAGGAGCAUGGACAGAUGCAGCAGCUGGCGCACGCCACGGAGACCCUCAUUGACAGGAUCCGUGAGGCUGCCAAGACCCACCGCGCCAUUGAGCAGGAGUUGGCACAUGCCGUGAAUGCCAGCUCCUUGGCCCUGAGCGAAACGCUGCCCAGCAAGAGCGCCGGCGGCACCAGUGGAUGUGGCUCAGAGCUUUUUCCGUUUCUGAGCCGGAGCGCCGCUGUGGAGCUCUCUGCCAGCGUCAAGGCCCUUUACACCGAAACCCGGGCCUUUUUGGAAGGGAAACUGCAACUGGACUCCCCUCAGCAGGAGGAAGGCCUGCGGCAUGCGCUGAGCGCUGUCAGCCAAGAGCUACAAAAGCUCUCUGAAAUCCACUGGAUGUCCUCCAUCAUCAGUCCUGCGGAGGAGGGCAUUGGCCCAGAAACGUCAGGGAGUGCCAACAAGGGCAGCCUGAAAUUGAGAAUCAACCUGGCAAAACCCAAGAAGGAGAAGGAGAAGCUCCAGAAGCAUCGCUCCAGCGGCGUCAUGCCAGUGGAGAACUGGGGCCCUGAGGAAGUGGCCGUCUGGCUGGAGGCGCUUGAUUUGGGGGAGUACAAAGAGAUUUUCAUGCGCCACGACAUUCAGGGCUCUGAGCUGAUCCUGUUGGAGAGGAAAGAUUUGAAGGAUCUUGGGAUCUCAAAAGUGGGCCAUCUGAAGAGGAUUCUCCAGGGAAUUAAGGACGCCACCAACCAACUCUAGAGAAGCUCCUCUAAACCGAAAGGAGGGAUUGGGAGCCUCGGGGCACCCCUUCUUCUUGACUGCCACCUCCCAUUUCCAUUGGCAGCAUCGGGCGGCCGGUCGAUGGUGGGCAGGAGUGGAUGGGGUGGGCAUGCGGAUACACUUGACCAUAGGCCUGAGCCAGGGAUCCCCGGGAUCGUCGCGCCAGGAGCGUCUCCCAUGCAUCCCUCCAUUGCCAAGAGUUUACAUCUUCAUCUUUGCCAAAGAUUGUGGCUUGGCUGUUUUCUUCUGUCCCCCAUUCUCCCCAGUUCUCCCCUUUCCUCCUUGCCUGCCUUCCCAGUCUCUUUUGUGGCCGUUCCUGUGGUUUUGGCUCACGUGCUUGAAUUUGGCUUCACCCGGAGCAAUUCAUGUCCAUCCGUCUGUCUCGGUGGGGCAGCCUGGGUGUCGUUGGAGGUCAGUUCCUGCCAUUGGCAUCCCCUGAAAUGGUGGCCUUUGGGGCUGGGGGGCAGCCAAGAUGGUGGGUAGGCUGCAGGGAGACCAUUGAAUUUCAUGCUGUGGGGGUUGCAUUGUGGUCCCAGCUGAGGAGGCUUGCACAGUUUCCACUGACCUGAGUCCUUAGAGGGACUCUUCUAAUUCAUUUAUGUCUUUAAGCUUUGAGUCCAGGGAGCUGGAGAGGAAAGCUUUGGGAGUCUGUGAUCCGUUUCUUAGGAGGAGUGCACAGGCCAUGGCUUGCAAUGGGAGAACUUAUGAGCAAGGAAGAGAGCCAAAGGCUGCAUCUUUAAUGGUAGCAGCAGCUCAGGAGGUGCCAAUGCAGCAGGUAUGGCAGCCCUUUCUGCUGGUUUGCUGCUAAAGCAAGGGCAGGUGAGGUAUGGCUCUCCAGGUGCCGCUCCCAUCAUUCUACAUUAGCCAGUGAGGGAUGAUGGGCAUUGUAAGCCUAGAGGAGGUGUCGGACCAUGAAAUCCCCACUCCUAAAGGAAUAAGGAUGGAUCCUGGAAGAAUGAGGGGCAGUGAGCAAAGGAUGAUGCCCAUGGUCUCCUCAGAGAGGUACCGGGACCCAUGUCUUCUUCCUUGGCUUCAAAGUUGGUUUGGUUGAGUGCAAGGGGAGCAGAUGAAGUGGCACCUUGAACAAAAGUAUUAAUUCCUCCCACCGCACAAACCAUUGCAGCUGCAGAUCCGAAGAGCAACCCUCGACCUCCGUUCUGCAGUAUUUCAGAAUCUGGAAAUAUAUAUAGAGAGAUUGGUUUUAACUUUUUUUUUUUUUUGCAAACAGUUUGCUAAAUUCUUCCAGACUCUUCCCUUACAAAGUCCCAAAGGUUCCCUCAGUCACCACAAAAUGUUGAAUUCUUUAUAAAUGCUGAGAUGGGACAGGAAACCCAAGACCCCAGUGGGGCUUCUUCGGGGAUCUUCCCCAAAUACACAAAAUGGAAGUCCAAGUGGCCCCAUUGCUGUGACCUCUGCUGCAGCCCCCUUUCUGCACCGGGGGUCACUUUGCACAGAAAGCUCCCCACUUCGCCCCCAGCUGCUGCUUUUUCUCAGGGGCAGGAGAGGCGGGGGGCUUCCUUCUAUCGAUCCCCCUUUGCAGUCCUUCCAAGCUUGCCUUCUUUGCCACAAUCGAUCUAGCUUUUCUCCCCAUUGUGCUUGUUGAGAAUGUAAAUAGUUUGGAAAGAAAGAGAGAUAUUUAUUUAAAGAUUUAAUGUAUAUCUAUAUAAAAGCUUAAUUUAUUUUUCACCUAUGUUGCGCAAGAGCACUUUGAAACACACACACGCACAGAGAGACAGGUGCCAAUGGCAAUGGCAUGACCAGAGGGCUGGCCAGUCUCCUCUGGGCUGGACCAGUGGACGGUCCAUCUAGAGCCGCACUCGGAGGUGCAGGAGACCCACAAAAGCAACAGCAACAAGCAGCCAUAUAGAGCAGCGUUGGUUGCAAGUCCAAAUGGCGAUUUUACUGGCUUUGCUGCAGAAGAUGGCAGUCGGCCAGUUUUGCACCGGUUUGGACAGCUAGCCGAAACUGUGAUGGUCCAGCACUGCUUUCUCCAAGCCAGAGGGCAUGACUACAUUGUGUUUGUCUGAUCGUAGCAGCACCCAGCUGAGCUUCUUGUUCCUGCAACAGUGGAUGCUGAACAGCUUUCUUAUGUCCUCUGAAAUGCGAAAGGCCAGAGCUGGCAGUUGGGUUCAGGAAGCCAGGCGCAGGCUUGGAGAGAUGUGAGCAGCCACCUCUGCAUCUCGAGAGCUGGCCAGUGCUCCUGGGAAACCUUCCUCAGCCUUAGGGGGUUUUGUGGUGUCGUCCCUGGAGGGAAGGGGACCUGGGCAGGCGUCCAAGCCCAACACUGGACUAUGCAGAUGGGAAGCCAGGACAGCGGAGCAAAGGAGCCAUGCACCUCGUCCCUUGGUACCUGCCAUGGGGCAAAAGGGAAGAACAGACAUCUUCUCGAUCUGCAUGCCAUGUGCACCCUCCUGGGGAAGGCUGUUUUUGGGGGGGGCCAGUGUAAUGUAUCUCCGUGUGCUUACUACAAUGAUUGGCUUUUAUUGUGAUGGUGGGGAGAGUUUGUGUAUCUGUAUAUAGGCCUUAAUCUCGUCCCACCCACCCCAGCCCCUGUAACUGCAUGGCUGGCUCAAGCAGCAAGCCUCUCUGGGCAAGGUGUUCUUACGGAGAUGGAGCCAAAAGGAGGGGAUGCCAGGGACCGAUUCAGUUUGGUGUUCAAACAGAGUCACCAAGAAAGUAUGUAGGAGCAUGCAUUUACCCCAGAGAGCAAGGCAGUUGCCACUUUCCUUUAAAACAAAGGGGCAAAACAGCCUGAGAUCUUGUUGGACUGCACCUCCCAUCAGCCUUGCUAAGGAAUGCUGGAAGCUGGAGUCCAGCAACGUCCAAAAGGCCACACUUGGUCUCCUCUUGCUUUAAAAGCAAAAGAGGAGCAGGUUUCUAGCUCUCCUUGCAAGUAAGACCUGGGGAUUUUUUAAUGGGAAGCAGCUGCCAUGCUCCGAUUUCCUUUAGGCUUGGCAGCCUUUUGGCUCUGAUCUCUGACCCUGCUCUUCAUUGCCAUAUUUCUGCACUGCCGACGUCUGUUUCCCAGUUAAUGUAUUUUUGCAACAACCCCAUGCGAUGAAGUAGGGCAGGGAGGCAGGCUGGGAUCCUUCUUUCUAGGACUGGCUUUAUCCAAAUCCUUGUACAGUACUUUAUUCUGUAUGCCCUCCUUUUCGGAUGGCACAAAGGCACCAAUUGAGGCCCUGAGCCUGGCUUUUCUCAAGCCCCAUCUUCCCAAACUCCUCGCAAUAGUGAAGGAAAAGAAGGAUCUGCCUCUCCAAAUCCCAAGGAGCCAAGCCUUGCUCCUCCAGCAAACCUGCCCCUUUUCUAGAACAGCUGCACGACAGAAAGCCAGAAGUGAAGCAAAGGUACUCGACCUGCUGGGUAUAUGUUUAGCCAGUGAAAUAGGCAAACCCAAUCUAUACUACCCCAAACCAGAUGCUGGGAAACAGAUGGGGGGAAAGGUAUUCAAUUGACAACCCACUUCCCCACCUGGAUGGGAAGCAAAGGGGCAGAUCUGGGAGAGGGGAGUGUUGUGGCUUUGGACAUGACCAAGGGGAUGCCAAUGCCUCGCGUAAGAUGGGACCCAUUGAAAUUUUACUUGCAGAAUCCAGACACUGCAAUUACAAAAUAAACCUGGA